AUGGCUCCUGGCCCUCUGAGCGGUUCUGGAGGUAAGGACGUCCAAAGGGGAAAGACUUCCACGCAGGUUAUCAGCAAUCAAGAGCAACCGGCCCCAAAAACAAAAGUUGCCGCAGACGAGGACAUACAUCUUUUUGUGGGCGGAACCUUGGCUGGCCGCCAGGUGGUAUUGGUUCUGCUCUCAAAUUUUGGAGGAACGGAUGCUACGGUGGCUGGAGAGAGACUGGCGUUGAAGUUUCCCAAUCUCCAACUCACCCUGCUGGUGGGCAUCUGCGCAGGCGUACCGACUCCCGAAAAUGACAUCCGACUGGGGGACGUCAUCAUCAGCAGCUGGGUUGAGCGGUACGCUUUCGAUGCUCGAAUGGAUCCGGGUGGUUUCAAGACGUCCGACAAUUCGUACAUCCGCACGGACGUCCAGCCUAAACUGAAAGAAAUUCUCCAUUUGUUGGAGAACGAGGAAAUCUUCGAUGGUUUCCUUGGGAAAUCAUCGCAGAAUUUGGUCGACUUGCAGCACCGAAACAGCGGCAUCGGCUCAGAGGACAUCAUCAUGCGAGGGAAUGCGUCGCGAGAUGAACUUGGAAAACGCGGGAUCAUGGGGGUGGACACGGAGGCGUUUGGAAUCAUACAUCUGAAAGGCGCCUUGGUCAUCAAAGCCGCUGUGGAUUAUGGCGACUCCCACAAGAACAAGGAGUGGCAGGAUUAUGCAGCUGGUGUUGCAGCAUGCGUCGCGAAGGCUUUCAUCUCAGACUUUUAUCCUCUUGCCCUAACGGAGAGAGGCGAUGGUCCCGACGGCCCAGUCCCUGAGGGUGAGACCGAAGGUCCGGGGCCGAGGGCGAUGCAGCCGCCUGCUGCCUGGGCUCAGCCUUGCACUGCCCCGCAACGCUUCUUGGCAUUUUUCGCACCAGCCUCGCCUCGCCGCCUUCUCAUCUUUCCCCUCACUUCGUUCGUUCGGCUCAUCAUGUCCGGUGCGGAAGUCGUUGCGGUUCUCAGCAUCGGCGCCUCCGUCAUCGCAGUCGUCGACGCUUGCAACAAACUCAUCGAUCGCAUCAAAGAGUUUCGAGGCAGCGCGGCUUUUGUCUCACUCCGGUCUCGGUUACAGCUUUUUUCUUCCAACAUCAAAUCCCUCGACAAGAUAACCAGUACCGGUGUCAUCUUCGAUGAAGAAGAACAGCUGCUUCGGGAUGUUCUUCAAGGAUGCAAGGAUACCAUCGAGGAGUUGGAUAGCCUCUUGACGUCUCUUCUCCCAGAACCGAACGCGUCGGCAUGGAAGAAAACGAGGCAUGCUGUGCGUGCUCUUCUCAAGGAUCAUCGUGUUCGCGCAGUUCUUGAAGAAUUGCAAGAGUAUCAGAACACGAUUUUAUUCCACCUCAGCAGCAAAGCGGAGCAAAAUACCCGCAAGGCUAUAUUUCUUCUCGAGGAACAGAGGACGGCACUUCAGAUGCAGAAAGUAUCCAUAAGCGGAGACACCUUCUCGUCUCGCUCCGCGCAGGAUCCAUCGUGCCGCUGCCAGGGUAUCCAGUACGAACUGCGCACAAUUCUACUGCAAAAGCUGUUUCAAGUCAGCCUCGCAGCAAGCUGGUCAAAUGGCUUGUCUGUUGCUUUCUCCAUAAAAUCCAAAAACGUGGUCCGCGACGACAGCCCGGGAUUCGAGCUUAUUAGGAAGUGCAUUUCCCGGGACGGCAUCACAUUUGAAGAGGCUAGGGCUGGUUUACGUACCUUGCGCGACUCUGGCAUCAUCGACUUCAAUGACACUACUGAAAAUGGUCAUGGAUACUUAGAGUACCUUGGGCUGACGAUGGAUCAAGAUAUUGGGCAGUUCCAACCUUUACAUGCAGCCGUGGCCUCGAAUGCAAUGGACGAGGUGAAAAGACUGGUCAAGGCGCAACGCCACCCAGACCUCACUCAAAACUUUCUAGGCCACACAGUGCUCCACCUUGCUAUCCAAUGGCCCCGCAUCCUGAAAUUCCUUCUUGAGAACGGGUACAGAGACGCGGUCGACUCUGCAGACAAGCAUGGAAUCAGUCCGUUGUUAUUCGCAUUGUUCUAUGGAUGCACCAAGUCAAUCGAUAUCCUCGUCGAUGCGGGCGCAUCACUCCCCAGGAUCGAGCCCGAAUCUGCAUAUUUCUCCCAGCUCAGGGCCGGGCCGAUUGUGUCAGAAUGUUGGGCCCAUGCAGCGGGAGCAUGCAACGAAGAAGCGUUUAUCAGACUACUGGAGCACUAUGCUCGCAAAUUUGCACCAACACGUUUACAAUCCGAUCUCCUCGAGCCCCUCAUCUUCACUAAGGCCGUCUGGGGUCCAUGGAAUUUGACAGCAGCAAGGGCUCUUGUUGCUGAAAUUCACAAACUGUCCGAAUCCCAUCCGUACGAGUUCAGAAGGAGAGGGGUGACUCCCCUGCACAUCGCGAUGACGCCUGGACACGCCCGGGUCUUGAUGAGCUACGAUGGUUUUGACAUCAAUUCAUCAGCGGAUCAUCAUGGAGAGACGCCUCUUAUGGUGUAUUCCCGGUUCCUGGACCCGGCACUCACUCAGGAAGCAUUGAGGCGGGGCGCGCGAGUCAAUUCCACCGACCAUUGGGACCGAAAUGCUCUGCACUACAACUUCGCCAGAACCUUCUUACGCCAGCCGGACUGCGCUAUUACAUUUUCCGGGCCCUGGGAGCGCCGCCCUUUGGCAUUCCAUGCGGAGAAGCUCAAAGCACUGAUGGAAGCCGUGGCUGUUCUGAUAGAAGCCGGUGGCGAUCUCCUACAGCAAGACAAGUGUCGUUGCUACUGCUCUCCCGGCGGCUGUUCACCGCUACGGUCUUUCAUCCCUGCGCUAUUCCUCGAAGCAGACCGCCAUACGGUCCACGUUUGGAUCCUCGAACUUUUCGUCGUGCUUCAGGGUUGUGGGAAGAGCGGGAUCUUUGAUCUGCUAGUCGACGAAAUCGGUCGCCUCCAAAACGCCGAUGAGAUCGGCAUCACACACACCUGCUGCGCGUCAAAAUACUCCAAGGCUUUCCGGGACUGGCGGGACGCUGGAGACUUCACUCCCAUCCCGACCAGCAUGGAACUGGAAUAUUGGAGCGGUGAUUGGGAGGAAAUUCGGGAGGAGGAAAGUGAUUUAGGCUCCCAGCUGGAUCGACGCUGUUUGGCCGACCCGUCGAUGAACGCCGGCAGUUGGGACAGUCGACUAGUCAGCAUCCUCGCACGGAGAUGCGUGAUGAUGGAGAUGAUUGAGGGAGAACGACUGAAAAAGCCAGGCCGUCGUGAUGAAGGUGAACAGGUCAGCCUAGAACGUUGUGUUGAGAAGUAUAUGGCUAGUAUGGAGGACGCAGAAAGCUACUUGACGAGAGUUAUACCGACUUACGACCAUGGAUACUGGAUGCAGGAAAGGGAGCGACUUUCCAAACGUUUCCUGGAAGAGGUCCACAGCGUGAGGGGAGCAACAGGCAUCGUAAAUGAUUGGGACAUCGAGAACUGGAUAGAUGGUACUAUUAUGACGGGCUUUGGGCUCAAUGAAUCUCAGCUCAAACUUUGGUUGACUUUCAUGUCGACCGAGAGAAUUUAG